AUGGCCGGACAACGCGUCAGGAAAGACGAAGACAAAAUCCCAACAUUGAGAAAUAGAAGCUGCGACAAAGGCUAUAACCCACAGCUAGCGUUCAACCCAGAGCUCACCAUGUCUUCUAAAUCAGCAACGUCCAGCAUUUCCACCUCAACCACGAGCCCCGACAAGACCGACUUCCUCGACACCUUAUACGUCCUCCAGAAGCGUGCCUCAACACUCGCGAGCGAAGCAGAAUCCCGCGCCACAUUCUUAGCAGCAGAAUUCUCACGCCGAGAAUCCUUGCGGGAGAAUCAAGACUGGAAGAUCCAGCGUCUGAAGCUCAAAUUACUCGAAUAUCAUGCUCCUGAAGAUGAAGGCUUCUCAGAAGAGGAGUUCAAGCUUGCUGUGGAGCUCUAUAUGGAGCUGUGUAAUGAGUGUAACGAGGUUGAGGUCGCUUUGAUGGAAGCCGAACGGGAGGCGAGGCAGAGGAGAGGGGAUGUUAAGAGGGCGGAAGAGAGAUUGGUCCGGGCUGUAUGGAGGAGGAGUCGUUUGGGGAGUACUAGUUGUUGA